AUGGCGACACAGAAGAGCCCGGCUUGGAAGUGCAUCGAUUGUCGGCGCAUGAUCAAGGGGAACGAUAUCUAUUGUCCGGCUUGUGGACAACACUGGGAGGACUGCAUGGACAGGGACCACCAGGAUGUUGCAGCGCAGGACACCCAUCGUCCGCUGACGCCAUCUCGCCACUCGACUUAUCGAGGGCAGACACAGGAUGCCAGUUGGAAUUGGAAUCGAAGACCUUCGCAAAGCCCAAGACAGAGACAACGUCCACGCUCUCGUCGUCAACAUGGACAUGGUGGAGAUCCACAGACCAAUGUUGUGCAGAAGGGCAAAGGCAAGGGAAAAGGCAAAGGAAGUCAUGGUCGUGGGAAAGCAGCCCCACAACAAGCACCUGCCCAAAACGCGCACAGGUUGGGGCAGGAAGGCAUGGCACCAUUACCUCCUCCUCCAUUGCCACCGCAAUCCAGUUUCGGAGAUGCUCCUUGGACACAGCUUGCACCGCCUUUCCCAACGGCCAAUGCGCCUUGUCCGGAAACCCACUUUCCGUCAGAGGCAGAGAUCAAGCUUCGAAACGUCCUGGGCAUCCUCAAGAAGAACGAAACGGAACUUCCACCGGAAGUCUCAGAAAUGGUGAAGGACACCAAGCUCACCGAAGGGCUCAGCACCAUCAAGAACAUGCACGACGCAGUCGAGAAUCUAGGAGUUGCCCAGCAAUCCUUCGAAAAAGCUUGUUUUGCUCGAGCCCAGAACCUAGCUUCAUGGAGGCAAUUCCUGCACCUCUCUCUGCAACGUUGGCAAGAAUACACCCAACACUUUCUCUCGCAGGAGAAAUACAACAUGGAGCAGAUUGCAACUGCCCGAGAGGCGGUUCAGAGCGCACAAGCCAUCUUCAAGAACCUGCAGGAGAAGGGUGUCAUCACCAUAGAUGCAGAAGAGGAUCCGGCCAUGAUGGAAGAGGAACCCAUGAAGACGGAGAGUUCAAGGCGUAUCCAAGAAGGUUUAGAGCACAUGACCACCUCCUUGGAACAGCUGGCGAAUCAGGCCGACAAGGAACAUGCAGAAGAACAGCAGCUGAAAAAGAGAGCUCGCAAGGAGCCACCAGACGACACAGGAACUUCGUUGCCUACUGUCGCACCAUCCUCAGCUUCUGCUGCCUUAGGCUCCAAGGCUAUGGACACAUUGACCAUGUACACCACCACCGUGAUGCAUGAUUCCUUUUGCGAAGCCCACGCGAAGCCGUGGGGAUGGUUUCACUGCCCGGAUGUGUGGAGUUAUGAUUUUGAUGAUGAUUGCUACCGCGCUUUGCGGUUGAAUCGCAAUGCCUUGGAUCCGCUGUCUUUGCAGGCCGUGUCGAUCCGGCAUUUGCCCCUUCACAACAUGUUGCGUCUGAGUGACGCUUGGCACCAGCCAUUACCUCCUGACAUGCGUAGCACGGAGGAGCAGCCUGAGGAAGGCGAUGAGGACUUCAUACCGGAUCCUGUGAGAGCGCCUCAAUUCGUCAGAGACCUUUUGGCUCUUGCUGAACAACAUCGUAUCUUCAAUCAAUUGGAUGGUGCUGGUAUUCUUCGUGUGCGUACAUGGUAUCUUCACCAUCAAGAUGAUCGACGAUGUUUGCAUCCACGAAUCCUGGAGUAUGAUGCUGACUGGCGACACUGGGAGAUUGAACUUGGCUCUGCAUGGAGAACCCACAUUCGACCUAAUGAGGAGAUUCAGAUCCAUGUUGCAGCGCCAGACCCUUACCGUGGCUACAUGUCGAGGCCAGCCCAGGCUGAUCUUAUCAUUUCGCAAGGACAUUGGCUCCCACACUUCUCCACUAUCACCACAGUGCACAGGACAAGCCGCCUACAUGCACCACUUUCCUAUGCCUUAGCCUGCUCCCUGGAGCGGCGUGUCAGUGGAGUAAGACUUGCGGAUGAGGCUGAUGUUCUUACAACCUGGAAUCAGGCUCGUACCAGAUGCUCUAUUUCACAUGGGUGGAACCGCAUUCCGUUCACAUUGAGGCCUGCGCAUGAGGUUUUUGCUGGUCAUGCCUUUGUCAUUCAAGUCAGCGACAUUGAACCUCUUGGUGAACCUGCACGUGCACCACCUAGCCCACCUCAUGCUGACGCUUGCAGGGACAGAGACAGCCAACCUUCACAUGACUUUGAUAUGCAAGAAGGGCACUUUGAUGAGGAUGCUGACCAACACAUUGCCACGGAUUCAAAGAGCUCCGGCGCCACCUACUUCACUCAACAGGAGAUCGGCAACGCAUGGGGCUUCGUGAUCUACAUUGCCAGACCACCAUUCACCAACCAUCCUAGUGAUGCCAACAGUCUGAUGCAAAGGGAGGGACCUGUCUCAUCAGCUGAUGAACCUGUUACGCUCCUGCUGGAUGAGAUGCUCACCACAGCCAUUGAGAUUCUCUCCGGUUCUCCCGAAGUACAACUUCCAUCAUUCAUUGAAGUGCCAGUUGCAUUUGAGGAGUGGCACAUUGAGCAGGAGUUGAACGCUUUUGGUCAUGAUUGCAAAGCCUAUACCUUUGGAUCACACCGCAAAGCAUUUUGCAUCCCAAGGCAGCUUCUUCCAUCUCAGCCUAGUUGGCAUGUUCUUUUUGCGCAUGUGGAUCCAUGUGUUGUGACUGGAACCUUCGUUCACACCUUUUCGGCCAAGUGGGACGAGAUUCAGCUCAUGAAGGUAUUACAUCAGCUUGGCUUUGAAAAAGCCUUCAUCCUUGCCAUCGAGCCCAAAGAUCUGGCAUUUACACUUGUCACCUUCGGUGAAUCGCAUGGCUCACUUGCUCAUGUCGAGAAGCAGAGACCAUCUCGACCGUGGCCACCCAGGCAGAAGCGAAUUGAACUUCCGCAGGUCACAGUCCAUGCGCUUGCGGCUCUGGACACCACGUGUCCUCUGGAAGCAAUUGAUCGCCUGAUCAUCUACGUUGAUGGCUCCUCUCAGCCGAACCAGAAACAUCUGCCACCAUUGCGUGUAGAUGCUGAAGGCAUCCCUGACGCGUGGGCCUUCCUGGUGAUUGGCGAAAAGUAUGUCUCGAAUGAUCAGUCGACCUUCCACCUUCUUGGUUGGCAUGCGCAGCAAGUCAGAUAUGAUCCUGCUAGCCCAAAUUUUGCGGGCGCACUCAAGGUGAACUCACACAUUGCGGAGCGAGAAGGUCUAUUCUUCGCAGCACUUUGGCGAGCCAAAUUGAAUUGCAACUUACCAACUGUCUUCCGCAGUGACUCCAAGUUGACCUGUGGACAAGCCACAGGGUCCAUCGGAGCAGCUGAAAUUGACCUUUCGUAUUCACUGCUCCGUGGGAUUUUCCAGUUUCUUGAAACAGCAAUGGAUAGAAAUGACUUGCUUGUUGAACAUAUCUAUGGUCACAACAACGAUCCUUGGAAUGAAGCGGUUGACACUCUCGCCAAAAAUGAGGCUCAACGUAGUUAUUUCUUGCCUCGCAUCGACGUGGAUUUGAACAAAUGGGGUACUGCCAUUCCGUUUCUAUGGAUGUUAGCUGGAGAACGCUUUGGUUGCCCGACUUUUUGUGGUGAAGGUUUUGAUGUUCAUGCUCCUGAUCGGCCUGCCUGCAUGCAUGACGACAUGCUUGUUACAGCCAACCCAUCGCCUUCCACUACAGUAGCAAACAGCGCUUCCCCCAUCGAAUUCCGAAUCAGUCUUGCAACGGGUAAUGUUUCAACCCUAGGUGUGGGUGCAAGAGGCCUAGCUGGGAAGCUUGACUAUCUCAAGGACCAAUUCAAAGGAUUUCACUUGAACUUUCUUGGUGUCCAAGAGGCGCGUACCAAAGAAGGCACCUUGAACGCACAGGACAUCCUCAGGUUUUGCUCUGGUGCUGAUUCCAAAAACCUUGGAGUGGAACUUUGGUGCAAUCUUGCACAACCUUUUGCAUUUGCAAACCACCGACCGCAUUUCUUUCAAGCCAGUGAUUUGUUGUACUACAUCGAGACCCACGGAGAUUGCUCGUUGUGGUCCAGAAUGCGCUGUGGCAUGCUCACAUCCUUGUGGGUCAUGCACCACACAGUGGUUAUGCUCUUGCGGAACGUGCAAUUAUGGUGGGAUGACACUGCGGCCAUCGUUGACUCUUACAACAUUGAACUGAGACCUUUGUUUGUCCUCAUCGAUGCAAAUGCGUCGCCUGGACCCUGUGACCACCAUACAGUUUUGGGACCUGGCUAUUCAGCCAGUAGUAGCACCACGCUAUGGCGCCAAUUUCUGACUGAUCAUGAGCUCUGUCUUCCGGCUACAAGUGCGCUCCAUGUUGGGCCACAAUAUACAUGGACUGCUCCAGACGGUGUUGACAAGCACUUCAUCGAUUUUGUCGCCAUUCCUCAGAAGUUCCUUUCAUCGUGUACAUGGACACAAACUUUGGAGCAGUUUGACCUCAACCCCCUGCAUGAAGAUCAUUUGGCAGUUGGCCUUGAGUUAGCCUGGGAUAUUAAUGACCUUGAAUUGUGGCUUUUACGCAAGAGAAAGUUCCACUUGCGCAGACGCCUUCGUCUGACGCAACGCACCACUUCCUUGGAAAGGGUCGCACGUUUCUUUACAGGAUGGCGUUCUCAAGCUGGUGGACAAGUGGAGCAUCUUCCUGCACUUAUUGAUGGAUCGCUCAGCUUUGAAGUUUCAUUACGGUGUUCAGAAGUCCUGCGUGCAGCUGAACUUUGGGCCACUUGCCGCACUCUUAAGCACAAAUUGAGUGUGGCCAAAAAAGAGACACUGGCGGCCAAGAUUGAAGAGCUCUCUCACCUGAACUCUGCAUCAGACAUCCUUUGCACUCUUAAACCUUUCGUUGGGUCGUCAAAUGCCCUCAAGAAAGGACCGAAACCCUUGCCGCUUGUCCACAAUGAAGAGGGACAACCUUGUGGUUCCAGUGCUGAGGCUUUGGAUCGCUGGAUUUCGUUUUUCAUGUGCAUGGAAGGUGGAAGCAGAGUUGACCAACCAAAUCAAAGGGCAAUGUGGAUCAACAACCUCCAGGAGUUUGCUACCAACAAUUUGGAAGUCAAUGUCCAUGAAGUCCCCUCUCUUGUGGAAUUGGAGACGGCUUUCAGACGUGUUAAGAAGGGCAAAGCAUGUGGCCCUGACUUCCUGCCCUCAGAGCUCUUUCAUUACUUUCCAGCAGUGAUCGCCAAGCAAUGUUAUGCCACACUGCUGAAAGUUGCUCUUCAAGGUCAGGAGUGCCUCCUGCAUAAAGGGGGCACUCUAGUGCCUCUGUGGAAAGGCAAAGGUGACAAAAGCAGUUGCUCCUCAUUCCGAAGCAUCCUGUUGAGUUCUCAUUUUGGGAAAACGCUGCACAGAGCAUUGCGCCUGAAGCAAGCCCAUCUCUAUGAGUCCUACAUGCAUGCACAGCAGCUGGGAGGCCGCAGGCGCACAGCGGUCACCCUGGGCACCCACCUUGCCAGAGCCUUCAUGAGAUUUCACAAAUCCCAAGGCAGACCAACUGCUCUUCUUUUCCUUGAUUUGAUGGAAGCUUUCUACAGGGUCAUCAGACCGCUGGCAUUAUCUGGCACGCUCGAUGAUGAGGUUUUGGCGACCAUGGCUGCUAGGCUGAGGCUUGACCAUGACACCCUCGAGGAGUUGCAGCGCCUGUUGACGCAGCCGGGAGCCAUUGAAGUUCUACAAGCGCAUCUGGACAUUUUUGCUCUUCUUAAAGAUCAUGGCCAUUAUGUUCCGUUGCAGAUUGCACAGAAGGACGUUGCCCAGGAAGUUUAUGGGUGCAUGCAGUGUGGCAUUGCGUGCCGGAGCAAAGCAGGUGAAGGAGCCCACAUGUUCCGCACUCAUGGACUGAUGCAUCCUGUGAGACACCUUUUCCAGACCACCCAGUGCGCAAUUUGCCUCACUGAGUAUUUUACCUUUGGCAAACUCAAGAUGCAUUUGAUCCGUAAUGAAGGUUGCAGACGAAUGUGGCAUGGGCUUCGCGCUUUCAAUAUCCCUAUGCCAGGUCUUGGGUCCCUAGCCGAUGAAGCUUUGCAUCAACAGGAAGAUGGACUGUUGCCACCGCUUCGUGCUGAGGGGCCACACCGUGACUUCCAGCGAGGCAGUGAUUUUGACUUGUUUGACGAGAAUCUUUUUGAGGAACUUGCUCUUCUUAUUCUCCAUGCAACUGACUUGGAUGAGCUGCGAGCCGAAUUGCAUGGUUGUAUUCAACAGAAACCUAUCUCAUGGACGAAAUGCUGUGCCACUCUAGCUGAACUUCAACGCAAUCUGGACGCCGAAGCACAAGAUCUUGGAGCCUUGCCGUGGCGUGAUGUCAGCAAUCUGAUCAGGUGCUGUCAACAACCAGAUGAGUGGCCAUUCCUUUUGGUUGGAAGGGUUGAGUUUAGCGAGCACUUUGGUGACAUUGCACAUAUUGAGGCUGCUUGUGGUGACAUUCGUUUGGACCCAGCUGCCUUCGACAUCCCUCGUGUUUGGGGCAAACAUCGCAUUGUCUUGCAUGCGUUUGCAGGUCGCAGACGUCCUGGUGACUUCCAAUUUUAUCUUGAUCGCCUACUAGCCACCUGUGCUGAUGGAGUUCUCAUCCAUGCUGUGUCCAUGGAUAUCAUCUAUGAUAGCACUCUUGGAGACGCCUCCAGCAGAUCGACUCAGCAAUUUUGGUUUAAGGGCAUUGAUCAGGGUUGGGUUGUUGGUUUCAUUGGUGGACCCCCUUGUGAAACUUGGAGCAAAGCUCGGGGAGUUGAAGUCUUAGGGGACCACACCCGUAAAGGGCCUCGCAUCAUCAGAACUGCUUCGGAGCUCUGGGGUUUUGAUGCUUUGGGCCUCAAAGAACUGGAGCAAGUUUCCAUGGGCAACGAGCUGCUGCUGUUCUCACUGGUUUGCAUUUUCCGUUUGGCCCUGAGGGGUGGGGUAGCCAUUUUGGAGCAUCCGGCCGAACCCGAUGCCGAAGAUGCAGCCUCGAUCUGGCGCUUGCAGAUUGUCAUUUUGCUCACACACCUACCAGGUGUUGAAGUCCUUCAUGUGCUGCAAGGACAUUUUGGCGCUCCUUCACCGAAACCCACUCACCUGCUCAGCCUGAACCUGCCUGGUCUCCCUGCUGCGUUGCGUGAGUGCGCUGUUUGUGAACAGCCUCCAAAACGGAGUGCCAUAGGACUGCAGACUGAUGGGCAAUGGGCGACAGCCAAACUCAAAGAGUACCCACCAGCCCUUUGUUUUGCAUUUGCCAAGUGUUUUUACACCCAUUUGCGCUCUGUUCGUAUUGACGAUAGCGCUGCACAGGCUGAGGAUUUCUUGUCACAGUGUAAGACCCUUCUUGUUCAAGACUUUUCGGUCCACUAUGGCAAAGAUUUCGCUGGGUGA